AUGCUUGCUACUCCCAAAGUCUACCCAAAAAAAAUGGCAGCACUUGCAUCGCUUGACAAUCGACCUGAUGACCUCCGUAAGGUGGAAAAGUACUCCAGCAGCCUUGGUGAAAGAGGUGUUGAUGAUGUAGAGAACAUGCCAAGUCCAGGGGCUGCAAGAUGUCGAUUAUCCAAUGCUCUUGGUGAUGUAUCACCUUUGAACGGCAUUCAUCAUUCAUUGUCUCCUCCUUCUUCCACACGUAUUACCACUGCGACAAUCAAGCCAAAGAUUCAACAAAGACGCAAACGCAUGUCACCUGAACAGCUUCGAUUGAUGAGUCGUCGUAUUGAUCCAAAGCAGCCUUUACCAUCACCCCAUACAUCGCCUUCCAAGCCAGCUUUACCUGUACUUUACAGCCCUUCCCCUCGCAAACGUAGUCGCCUUCAACAAAAACAACCCAAAUGUCCUAUACCAUCCACUACGCUCCCUUCUUUUCAUUCACCAAAGCCUCAACUCUUUCAGACAUGUUUUGAUAUAUGGCCUGGUGCUCCUUCAUUGGGUGAUUUGAAUCAUGAUAAUGUCAAAUGUUUGAGUGAAUUGCUCAAGGUGCGUCUUUCGCAAGCCAAGUUUCGAUUGAUUGCUGCUCUCGAAGCCAAUGAUGAUGGCCGUAAUGAUCCACUCUAUGCACAACUCAAGACCGAAAGCGAUGACUCUUGGCCUUUUACUAUGAUGAUGCGUCAAAAGAUUACCCUGUCUCAUAAACGACAUCAAUCCACGCUUCCAGUCACUGUCGGCAAUGGAAAGAAUCUUACAUUCCAACCACGUCAACGCCGUGCACCAGGAUCAUCCGCAGCAACUUCUUUGCGUAACAAUGUCAGACUCGUCACCGAUGAUACCGGUAAACUCUCUGUGGCUGUCACUCCACCCGCUUCACCGGCAAACAGCAAAAAACGCAAACGACCGGCCACCUCCAAUGCUGCCAAAAAGUCCAACAAGACUAAAUCAGAAGAUGCUACAACACAUCCAUUUGCUUGUCAACCAUGCAACAAACGAUACAAGAACCGAAGCGGCUUGAUGUACCAUCUUCAACGUUGCAAAGCUACCAUCAAUUGUAUUUGUGAUCAGCAGGAUAUUGAAAAGCCCAUGGUCCUUUGUGAUACUUGUGAUUGUUGGUUCCAUACAGCAUGUGUUGAAAUCACCACGCAUGAAUCAUUCUCAUGUCCACGUUGCUCUCCUCCACCUCCACCUCCACCGCCUCAAGUCGUCAAAAUGGAACAACAACAGCAAGACGAACAACAACAACAACAACAAACGACACCCGUGCUUGUACCCACGGCGGAUAUGCAAGAUCCAAAUUGGUGGCCCAUGCUUCCAGUCACAGAGGACACCUCACCGUGGAACUUGUCUGAUUUGCCACCCUCCCUGUUGUUUUCGGAUCCAUUGACGCUUCCGGAAGAAGAAAUCGGUUUAAUGACCCCGUCUUCAAUCGUCACCAAUGCACAGCAAGAUCAAUCCGAUAAUGGCUGGUUCGAAUUUGCAAACUUUGAUGACGAUUUCACUUGUGAAUAA